GGUGCAAGAGUGAACAUCAAAGUUCCUCUUUUCCGUGACAGCGACACUCCAGAAUUUGAAGACUUUGAAAACGUGAAACCAGGGAAUGUUGACGGCUGCUGUGGGAGUGAUUCGCAACAGGUGAGAGUUUUGCGGAUAUUUGAAAGGACAGAUUUGUGUAGUGUGUUUUACGGGUCUCUUCACUAAAUCGGUUCCUUUCUAUGUUCGAUAUCUGAAUCUGCAGCUAUGGCGGUAUGGAAAGGGCGAUGCGUGCGAAGAAGAAUAUGGCAAAGAAUUUGUAACCGUUGGUUGUUCGUCUACGUAUGAUGAUUCCACUGGCAUGGCAACUAUGGAAAAAUGGCUCAUUGACGUGAAAUGCGAUGGGUGCAAGGGUUUGUUUUACCGCAGUGCUCCCAACGUCAUCGUUCCAGAUGCUGAUUGGCCUAGAAAUGGGGACGUUGUCAUGGGUUACGAAAUUCCAAAUACUCCUGGUAAGCCUGUGAAAUUUAUGUUUGCAACAUAAUUAAGGUCGUGAUCGAUGGAAACACUGAUAAGACCUUUUUCUCUUUCAAUCAAAACAUGAAACAGGAUGGAUUCGGCUACAAAAUGGAUACUACUUACCUAUGCAUAGUGACGAUGGGAAAGUGCAAUUUUUAAGUAAAGUAUCUAAGCGUGCACAGACGCAAAAUACAGAAAUGAAGAGAAUAGGUUCGAAUACACCUCUUUUCGUGGCUGAAGAAAACCAGGAAAGUAUGGCCACAUUGCUUGGGGGAACUGUCGCUGUGACUGACGAAGCUAACAACGGAAAAAUAGGUGGUAACCAGAAGGCCAACGAAUCAAACGAAACGUUGAGAGCUGCUGUUCAUAUGGAUGCCAUGGCAUUUGGAAUGGGUUGCUGUUGUCUACAAAUUACAUUUCAGGCUAAAGACAUUGAUGAAAGUCGUUUCAUUUUUGACCAGCUUGCAGUGAUGGCCCCAAUGUACGUCGUUCUUAUCCAUCUAGAGUUCCAACAUGAUUCAAUUUCCUCUAUGCGCUCGUUUCUAAUUACUUCUUAAUUCCCAUUUUUCGUCACAGAAUGAUGGCUCUAACUGCCUCAACUCCGAUGCUGAAAGGGCGUCUUCUGGACACAGAUGCACGAUGGGGAAUAAUCAGCGAAAGUGUGG